UGUGGAAAAAGUAAAAAAGAAAGAUAUUAGGACAGAAAAUUUUUCUUUAAAUAUCGACUUUGAUCUUAUGCACUAUGCACUAUGCACUUAAAGGUGAGCGAGAAACAGUUUGAGCGUCAUGUGGAGACAGAGAGCUUUAUUGGUGUUCGUGUUAUUACUAGUCCAGCAAAUUUGUGCUACCAGUGAGCAAGAGCAUGCUUGCCCCCCUUCUUCCUGUGGCAAAAUCACCCACAUAACUUAUCCAUUUCGAUUAACAGGCGACCCAAAAGGUUGCGGUGACAAAUGGUAUGAGCUAGCUUGUGAAAAUAAUGUUACGGUGUUAUAUUUGUACUCUGGAAAAUAUCAUGUGCAGGCUAUCAACUACAACAAUUUCACAAUCCGUGUGGUGGAUCCGGGUGUUCAACAGCCAAAUUGCUCCUCCCUUCCUCGCCACUUCUUGUCUCCAGCCAAUUUUAGUGAAAUUGGUUGUUCAACUGAAGUGAAUUCAUCCCAUCUAUUUAGAAAUCGAGAUUCUUGGGAGCGCGCUUUCCAGCAUAUAGUUUUCUUAAAUUGUAGGCAUGCAGUGAUUGACAAUGAGAAGUAUGUGGAAACUGAUCCUUGCAUCAAGUGGCACUUCUCCAAAGGGUACAUAUACGCUAUUGCUGGUGACUUAAUAGCAAAGGACUUUGAAGUUGGUUGUGAGGUAAAGCUGGUUGCUCCCACAUCAUGGUGGGGUUUGGAUACAAAUAAUUCUUCAUACACUCAGAUGCACAGAGCGCUUCUCUAUGGAUUUGAGCUUUCAUGGAUCAAUCUCGCCUGUGACGAUCAGUGUGGAAAUUCCAACUGCGCAUUUCACGCUUCCAGUCACAUGCUUCAAUGCACCCAAAAUAUGAAUGAAACUAUUUUGGCUGUCAAAAUAGGAUUGUUUGGAGUUAUAAGAGACCCAAAAUUUAGACUUGGUCAUUAUGAUGAGUAUGGAUAUAACUCAUUUGUAUUUAUUACCUUUGGACACUACUUUCUACCAUUCUUGGCAGGCAAGUUUUUGUUUGGGAUGACAUUGUUUAUUGUGCUUUUGAUAUACAAAUGGAGAAAAAGGCAUUUGUCAAUAUAUGAAAAUAUUGAAAAUUAUCUGGAACAAAAUAACCUGAUGCCUAUUGGAUACUCAUACAAAGAAAUUAAGAAGAUGGCUAGAGGUUUCAAGGAGAAAUUGGGUGGAGGAGGCUAUGGCAUUGUAUUCAAGGGAAAGUUGCAUAGUGGGCCUUCUGUGGCAAUUAAAAUGCUACAUAAAGCAAAAGGUAGCGGCCAAGACUUUAUUAGUGAAAUUGCAACAAUUGGAAGAAUACAUCAUCAAAAUGUAGUACAACUAAUUGGAUAUUGUGUUGAAGGCUCAAAACGUGCCCUUGUUUAUGAAUUCAUGCCCAAUGGAUCUCUUGACAAAUUUAUUUUUCCCAAAGAUGGAAAUAUACAUUUAACAUAUGACGAAAUAUAUAAUAUAGCAAUUGGAGUAGCUCGUGGGAUUGCUUAUCUCCAUCAUGGGUGUGAGAUGAAAAUUUUGCAUUUUGAUAUCAAACCCCAUAACAUCCUUCUUGAUGAAACAUUCACCCCAAAGGUCUCUGACUUUGGAUUGGCAAAACUAUAUCCAAUAGAUAAUAGCAUUGUGACUAGGACAGAGGCAAGAGGGACAAUUGGAUAUAUGGCUCCAGAAUUAUUUUAUGGAAAUAUUGGAGGAAUAUCCCACAAGGCUGAUGUUUAUAGCUUUGGGAUGCUUUUGAUAGAUAUGACAAAUAAGAGGAAGAACCCAAAUCCCCAUGCAGAUGAUCAUUCAAGUCAACUUUACUUUCCUACUUGGAUUUAUAAUCAACUUGGAAAAGAGACAGAUAUAGAAAUGGAAGGUGUCACAGAGGAGGAAAAGAAGAUGAUCAUUGUUUCACUUUGGUGUAUACAGUUGAAACCAAGCGAUCGCCCCUCAAUGAACAAAGUAGUGGAAAUGCUUGAAGGAGAUAUUGAAAGCCUGGAAAUACCUCCAAAGCCUUCUCUAUAUCCACAUGAUACAAUGGAAAAUGAUCAAAGCAUCUACUCUAGUCAAACAAUGUCAACGGACUUCAUUAGUUCUUCUAGUUAUUCCAAGGAAAUUGUGACUAAUCCUUUGGUAGAGGAUGUUAUUUGAUAAUGCACAGUAGUUAUGUAUUUGUAUUCACCUUAUUGUCUUAAACACCUGUUCAUCUGUAAUAUUUAUUUUAUCUAAAAGAUUUCCUAUUGUUUUAUCUUUCAAAGUUUAAAAAAAUGGGUUACGAAAAUUUAAGAUUUUGUUCAAA